GCAUAAAAUGCUGUAUUAUAAUUGCCUUAAUAUCACCUGCAAAUGUUGAUUUAGAAGUUGUGGUGCAAUUCAGGAGUAUUUGAUGAACCUGGCAUGUCCUUGUAUAUGCUUUUCACCUUUUUCAAGAGUAAUAGGUAUUUUGUCAAGUUUAAAAAACGGAAUCUGGAAUAUCAAUAGCAAUGGGGACUGGGCGAGAACUACUUGACCUGCUAUCUACAAAGAAUAACUGGCAGGCUACAGUACCAUUUCCUAUUGUCUACCUCAGCUUCUGCCUGCCCUUUGUCGUUCUGGACGCCCUAUCUUCCAGGGUAGCAUGGAUAAGGAGAUACAAAAUUCAACAGAAGACCAGUGUAUCUUGGAGGAUGAUUUGGAGCUGCCUCGCACUCUCCCUCUACAACCAUGUCAUGUACAUCUUCCCACUGAGUGUCCUGCACUGGUACUGGAGACCUGUCAGCUACACAGUGACGGCACCUGGGCUCCUGCGAGUCAUCUGGGACCUUUUUGCCUGCCUGCUUCUCUUUGACUUCCAGUACUUCGUAUGGCAUCUUCUGCAUCACAAAGUACCCUGGCUCUACCGCACUUUCCAUAAGGUGCAUCACAAAUACACGUCCACCUUUGCUCUGGCCACUGAGUAUUCGGGAGCAUGGGAGACUCUGUCGUUGGGUUUCUUCGCUGCAGUGAAUCCCAUGUUACUGGGGGUUCAUCCUAUGACAGAGAUGCUUUUCCAUAUGCUGAACAUGUGGCUGUCAGUUGAGGACCACUGUGGCUAUGACCUGCCGUGGGCGACACACAGACUGGUGCCUUUUGGUCUGUAUGGAGGAGCUCCACACCAUGAUGUCCACCAUCAGAAGUUCAAGUCCAACUAUGCUCCAUACUUCACUCACUGGGACAAGCUUUUUGGGACACUGCACUCUGAAUGAACUGAGCAACUGGAACAGACUACCUGAACUGAUUUCAUCUGUCUUUUUUGUAAAAAGAGCAUUACCAUUCAAUGAAUGAAUACCUUUGACUCUAAAACUUGUUUUAAAAGUUGCUUUAUAAUUCAUGUGUGUUUAAAUAAUGUUCUCAUUUAUUUAUUUAAUGUCUGUAUUUAAGUGUGACUGUUGGCUAAGAAAAAUGAUCAGUGAUAUGACUAUGCUAUGUCUAAGGAGUAUGUGAGAUACAUCUGUUAACCUUAUCCUAAUGUAUUUCCAUUUAUUUAUAAAACAGUUUUGAUACUGAAUGUUUGCACUGGAACAUGAAGAGCAAAUCUAACAAAGCUAAUGGCAAUAAAAAGCUAUGAAGUAAAUUAUAUUUCUGUGUUUGUGUUUUCAUUUUGAAUAUAAAGAAUACAUUUGUGACAAAAAAAAGGAACUGCCACAAUUUAUGGUACAAUUAAUUCUCAGAAUAAUGUCUGAAUAAAGUGAUUUAGGGAAGGUAGGAUUAAUAUUAAUUCAAUUUUUCACCAACAAAUAAUUACUAACAUAAAACAACACAAUUACACAUGGGUAUAUUAUUUGUCUUAUUAAUGGUAAAAGUUAAUGAAUCACAUACAUCAUGUGCAUUAUGAAACCAUGCCAAAUAAUGGCAAAAUAACCUGCACUGCAAUCUUUUUAAAUCAUGCUUUACAAAUAAAGCAAUAUAUAUGUUGUGGGCUUGGGUCUAGCGAACUGUGGCACUUGAAUUGUUUAUAUUAACUGGAAAAAAAAUUGAAUAAAAAAUGAGAUAUCUCAGAUCAAUCAGGUUAAUUUUGUAAUUCUGCUACAAAAUUUUCUCAAAGUGAUGCAUGGAAACUGAAUAUUAACUGACAUAUUUUGUAGGAUUAAUAGAUAUUUUGUCAGGUUAAAAAAACGGAAUCUGCAAUAUCAAUAGCAAUGGGGAUUGGGCGAGAACUACUUGACCUGCUAUCUACAAAGAAUAACUGGCAGGCUACAGUACCAUUUCCUAUUAGUAAGUCCGUCUACAGGAUCUGAAUCUUAACUUACUCUUCUGUGUUUGCUUGUUUAGAUAUUCUUUCUGCACUAUGAUUCAAUACACUCUUUCCAUUAUCGUUUAUAGUAUAAUAGUUUUGUAGGCUAAUAAAGCAUUUCAGUCUCUAAAGU